AUGUGCCGGACGCUGACGGACGCCGUGUACCUUUUGGACACCAUCACGGGCGUCGAUCCGAACGAUGCGUACACCAACGGACAAAUCGUGCCCGCGGGCGGCUUCACACAGUUCCUCAAGACGACGGGCCUGCAAGGCAAGAAGAUUGCGUUCAACCCCCUCAACCCCAAUACCACAGACCCGGUUCUCCUUGCGGGCUACAACGCCGUCCCUGACAUCCUCAGGGCUCAGGGCGCCACCGUGGACGUGCUUUCGUUUCCGUUCAGCAUCCCCGGAACCACCGGACUGAGCACCAGCUCGAUCCUUCCGACGGACUUCAAAGUGGACAUCAACAAGUUCCUCUCCGAGCUGACGUGGAGGCCUGGCUACACCGUCCAGACUUCUCUCGCGGAUAUGAUUCAGUUCAACAAGGACAACUAUCUGCUCGAGUUCCAGGGCGGUACGUGCUGCCGCGGCCAGCCCGCCUACGGCAACUUCUUCCAGCAGACCUGGGAACAGGCGCAGAACACCACCGGGUUUGACUCGGCCCCCUACCUUAGCUCCAAGCAGAACGCAUCAGCGAUCGCGGCUGCCAUCACUACGUUCUUCAACAGCAACGGCUACGACGCUAUUACCUCCACCGGGGGGUUCACCGGUACCUUUGCCACCGCCCAGUUUCCGAGCAUCACAAUCCCCGGGCUCAAGACCAGCCUUGGGGCGCCAACCGGGGUCAUCUUCCACGGGUUGAAGUAUACGGAGGCAAAGCUUAUCGAGAUCGCUUAUGCAUACGAGCAGGCCAAGCCCUUCCCGCGCCCGCUCCCGACCUAUUGCAACGCCGCCAGUUGCUAA